UUAGUUUUCCUUUUACAUCAAAAUCAAUUUAAUUUUACGUAAAUUAUAUCUAUUUUUCCAUAACAUUCUUUGUUACUUCAAUCAGUUAUAAUUGUAACUUCAUAGUCAUGAAACAUGAUGUUUUUCGUGAAAAUAGUUUGUUUAACAAUUUUAUUGACUGCGAUAAAUGUAAAUGGAAGAAUACACAAAUUGCCUCUUUUGGAUGAUGAACGCCAUUAUGUGGACCUUACAACAUUCGGGUUCUUUCAGGGCGGAGUACUCGAUGUUCGCAUGCUUAAUUUUAAGUUACCUUCAGAGCCUAUUUUAGGAGAGUAUGGAUUCACUUUGGAUAGAACUGCAAACGACGCGAUCAAUCCAUAUUUAGAAGCACAUUCAGAUACUUGUUUUCUCAAAGAGAGUGUUAAUAGUGUUGUAUCACCAAAACAUCCAUCUAUUGUCUUCCUAAAAAUGGAUUUUGUUAAUUCUAGGUUAAACAUCUCAUGUAAAGGCGAAAUACCUGCUAUACAUUUAUAUCAAAACCGGAGUGCAAUACCUACUGAUCGUACCAAAAGGCAAUCACAAUAUUUGUUUGUUAAUCGAAAAAGAAGUAUUCAAAGAGAUGCCGAACAAAAUGAUAAGAACUAUGUAACACAGUGUUCAAAUGCUGUUCUACCAAUAACUAAAGAAACUCGUGAAGGAUUUGAUUACUACAAUACUAGUUUUGCUAUGUAUGUGGCAUCGGACAAAGAAGAAGGACUUUAUAAUUUAUAUUUUCAUAACUGCCCGGGUAAAGAGAAUCCUCCUACAAUAAAUGUUAUGUUGGAAAUAUAUGAGAGCAACGAUGGAAACUUCCUAUCAGCAGGUGAAAUGCCUUUACCAGCUUUAUACAGUAUGAUGUCAGUAAUUUUCUUCUUGAGUGCUGGCUUUUGGACAUUUAUCCUGAAGACGAGUCGACACCGUGUAUACAGAAUUCACAUUAUAAUGUGUGUUCUAGUAUAUCUUAAGGCACUCUCAUUGGCUUUUCAUGCAAUUAACUAUCAUUUUAUACAAACAAGAGGCGAACAUGUAACAACUUGGGCGAUACUAUAUUAUAUAACACAUUUGUUAAAAGGCGCUGUAUUAUUUGUGACAAUAGUUCUUGUGGGCACCGGUUGGAAUUUUAUUAAGCAUAUCCUAGCUGAUAGAGACAAAAAGCUGUUCAUGAUUGUAAUACCACUUCAGGUUGUUGCAAAUGUUGCCGAGAUAAUAAUAGCUGAAAGUGAAGAGGGUGCAGCAGAGCACAAUAUGUGGCGGUAUCUAUUCAUUUUUGUUGAUCUUCUUUGCUGUGGUGCCAUAUUGUUUCCUGUUGUCUGGUCAAUACGUCAUUUGCAAGAUGGUACAGAUGGUAAAGCUGCUAUAAAUCUUCGCAAGUUGAAGUUGUUUCGACAUUUCUAUGUAAUGAUUGUUUGCUACAUAUACUUUACAAGGAUAGUAGUCUCACUGCUUAAGAUCUUAGUUCCAUUCCAAUACUCUUGGAUUGAUGAGAUGUUCCAUGAAAUUGCCACUUUCGUUUUCUUUGUGAUGACGGGUUACAAGUUCAGACCAGCUGCCGCUAAUCCAUACUUUACACCCAAUUAUGAGGAUGUUGAGCCGCAAGUGUUAACGGAAAUUGGUGUACUAGAUGGUAUAACGAAUAGAGAAAAGAAACGUGAAGAUACGCAGCCACUGAUGCAGGAGACUAAUUACAACUCUGAUUAAAAGUAAAAACUUUGUUUAUAAUAUACACUUCGCACCAAAAAAAUUCAGACGCUUCCAUUUUUUUUUAGCUU